GGGGAGAAGACAACAUGGCGGCUGCCUUGUGGCCCUGAUAGCCGGCGCGCAAAGACCUGCCAGGGGCUGACGCCCCCCAGGACGAGGCGAGGGAGGCACAGUAACUCUGCAGACAAGAUGUCUACAACAAAGCUGUAUAAACUGGACAAUGGAAACAGUUAUGCAACCAACUGCUUCCCUGCCAGAAACAUUUUGCGGACAAGUGAAGAAGGGGCUGGUCACUGGCUGGUGGCUCACAGAGCUGCCCAGAAGACCAAGUUUGAAGCAAUGAUCUGUGCGAAAUCCCUUCAAGAGAAAGUAGGGGGGACUCCACAGUACAUGGAAGAGCUCCAACACCAUGGAUAUACAGAUGAAAUGGUUCAAGAGAAUAUGCUAGAUGGGCCAUUUCUGAUUAAUCUCCACUGUGUGAAGAUCCCUUCAGAUCUGUGCUCUGUGGAUAUAAGCAACAAAAAUCUGGUCUCAGCUAAAGAAGAUGACUUCGAGCAGUUUGAUUCCGUCGCUUAUAUCAAUGCUACAGAAAACCUAUUGACAUUAGAAGCAUUUCAUAAGUUUUCUGGGCUAAGGGAACUAGAACUUUCCUUGAAUGGACUAAGAAAUCUUAAAAUCAGCGCUGGAGACUUUCUGCACUUGGAAAUACUGGAUCUUUCGUAUAACAAUUUGUCUCCUGAGGAUGUUCGGACAUUGGGAGUUUUGUCUCAACUUAAGGUUCUUCACCUAACGGCCAAUGGACUUAGAUCUCUUCCUUCUGACCUGACAGUUUCAGAGAAUGACAGCCCAAGUUGUUUAAAGUUUCCAUCUCUAGAAGUCUUGUUGCUGGAUGACAAUUAUCUUUCUCACCCGAGCGUCUUUGUAAGCCUGGCUAAUCUCCGCAGCCUGAAGCAGUUAAACCUGGACAAGAAUGGGAUUGCAGAGGUCCCUUACCUGCAUCAGAUGGAGAAUUCCCAGUUCUCCCUCCACCCACAGUUGGCAAGGAUGGGAACCAAGGCAGAGUCACGCAGCUUUCCGUCUAGAUUCGGACAGAAGCACGAGCAGCCGCUGCAAGGUGGGGGAGGAUUGCAAGGCCAGCUGGUGACGGAGAAAGAGCAACUAGAAUACUUAAUUUUACAAAACAACCAGGAUCCAGACAGGACAGAGGUUGUUUUCACUUCUGCCUCUCGAGAACCACCAUUGCUGGACGUUUUCAUGGAGAGAAACGACCGUUCAUGUCUCGCCGAUGCUGGGACUCCCCCUACCAGUUUCAGGAACACCUUGAGCCAGGAGUUUACGCCCCCUUUUCCGGAACUGCGCUAUCUGAGCCUGGCCAACAACAAGAUCAAAAAUGAGGAGGACCUGCUAGCCGUGGCUCUCUUUCCCUCUCUGGCGGAGCUGACAUUCCAUAGCAACCCCUUGACCACCCUCAGGAGCGGUGAUCCACCUUUGCUAACCAGUUUCCUUCAGCACAGACUUGGGAUUAAGCUAAUUAGAAGAAAGAUUUCAAAACUGGAGAAACCGCACAUCUUUAUUCCAGUCAAGGCCAAUAGGAAGGUAACAUCACAUGUCCCAAAGGUUCCAAAGCAGCCGCUGAUGCUAGACGCUCCUCUUGAGUCCUCCUUUUGGAAACUCUGGUCAGAUACAGAGGGGGGUAAACUAGAGGAGUCUGAGGAAGGAUCACAUAGGUUGAGCCUGUCUGAUCCUCUUCCGCCAAUCAGACCAUCGUCAGCACAGCAGCACCAGGAGCCUUAUGAUGACACCAAAAUGCUUGGUAGCCACAGGGAGAUGCCGGAGAAAGAGAAAUGUGAUUCCAAGCUUGCUCCUGCCAGCGCUGAAGAUGACAUUGAAUUCUUCUUUCUGACUCAGCUGGAUGAUGCAGAUGACAUCUCCAGCUCUGUUUGGAGACAUGAACUGGAGGAAAGACAAGGGAAGAGGAAACAAAAGUCCAGAACAUCGGGCAGCUGCACAUAUAUUCCCAUGAAAUAUAAGGGCUAUGAAGAAUUGCUCCGUGUGAAAACUGACCCCGAGUUCAUUGAACCAGCGGGAAUGCAGCAAAAUGUCCAGGCGCUGAGGCGUGCUCUGAAACAGCCCCUGGUGUAUCGUGACUCGAAGGCAAGGCUCGACAGUGUGCAGAAGCCGUAUGUGCCCAGAAAAAAGAAGAUGGGGAAGCCACCAGGCCCUCCCUCUCGAAAGACUAAAGCCGAGGUGCUGGAAAACGUCCUCCGAGCCAUGAGAGGCAAUGUGAACAUCAGAGAAGUUCCACUAGUGUCUGUUCUGCGAAAGAAGAAAUCCAACCGGAGGGCAUAUCAGGAGGCUCUGGGGCUGAUGAAGGAAUUCCACCAGAAGUACAAGGCUGCUUUGGCAACUUCUAAUAAGGCGAUUUGCAAGGAGAGUGUGACUAUCCCAGAGCUGGGGCAAAGCCCAACUCAAGAAACUUUUGUCGAGAUCGAGGAAAGUAAAUCAGAGACUCUGCCUCAGGACACGGAUGAGAGCGAGAGCCUUAACCAUUACCUGUCACUGGAGAAAAGUUCCUCUCGUAAGAGGAGCGGAGUGACAUUUGCUUUGUAAACUGGCCUGUGGAGAACAGGAACGCCUCAACUUUUGUGUUUCUCUCUAGAUAGAUUUUUGAGUUAAUUUUAUAACAAGGUUAGUGCACUUUUAGUAGCGAGGGUUGAAAAUGCAGCACAGUGAAAGGGUUUGUGUGUAACAUGCCAGUACAAUUGUGCUCGAGUCUACAUAGUUACAGCUGCACUCAGUGAAAUAAACAAAUGGCUCACAAAACACCUGGUCAGUUAUUGCCCUGCUGCUGCCACCAGCAAGGCCUGUGCCGCUAACAUGGUUAUUCUGAAAUAAGGAAUCUAGCGGGCUCACAUGCAGCAGGUGCACAGGCACCUGGCACACUGCAGUGAUUGAUGGGGGCAAGCGUAGCAGAAAUCCUUUCAGCACGCAGGGUGCAGUGCAGUGGCUAUAGAUGGGUGGCUAAAGGCACUCAGGGACUGCACCGUAUGUGGGUGGGUGUCCUUCAUAAAGUAGUGAAAACAGAGGGACGGGCAACAAAUGGAGCUGGUUUCAUGUGCUGCCAUACUAACUUCAGCUCAUUAACCCUGCCCGGUUAAAUGUACAUGGACGGUGAGUUCUCUUCACAGGCCGCUCACACCUCAGACUACCCAGUGCACAUGGAUUCUGGACCUAGGAAACUAACGCAUUAAAGUACUUGUAUUUCUAGCAUAGAUAAGCAAGGUGAGGAUUCCACUUCCCAUAACUGAAUCAUUCUGAGCUAGGACUAGGUAAGAACUCAAGCCAAAACAUUACAACAGUUUCUAAGCAAAUUAUACUCCAGCGCCUGCAUUUUUGGCAUGUUUCAUGGGUCACACCUGUAGCAUAACCCGUCAAUCAUGCACCUCCUUAGUGGUUGUGUCUUACAGUCUUUUCCAGAGCAGCGGGGGGCUGUAUUUGUGAAAUGUGUGAAGCUGAUACACUCUUCAGUUCUAAGGCAAGUGGAGUAACUAAGGUCACUGCUGGAAGCUCAUCUAGUGUUCAGAUUUUAAAACAAGUUACUAGCCAUUUGCUCCUACUGUGCAAGUACAGCUGCUGCUGAGGUCACCUUGCUUGGAGUACAGCAAUAGCCCAAAGAGAUUUAAAAAUGUUCUACAUGGCUCAGAAUUGAGUUAGGAAAACAAUGUGUGGGCUUAGUCAUAUUUAAAAUUAAAGCCCCCUCCCCUCAACUCCAGAGGUGCAGUGGCAGGGUGAAGGAGCACGACUGUCAAUCAGUAACACCCAUUGUGACAGUAGCUGUAAAGUUGUUCAGACCCCGUUUGACUGCCUGAAUGGGCUGUGUUUGUGCUUGUACUGAAGUACUUCGUGCAGCACUCAUCAAUGCAAAGACUCAUUUUCCUGUAAGAGGCAGAUGUUUGACAGAAACAAUCACAGGGCUUAUGGGGAGUGACCUGGGAGGAAUGAUUAAAAGAACCAGAGUGGAAGUGUGGGCCAGAUUCAACCCCGAAGGAAUUCCAGGGCACUUGGGCUAAUUUACCUAAACAAAAUCUAAAAUGGUGAUAAUGCUCAACAUGUGCAGUGUGGAAAGACUGUAAACCUCCUUUAAGGGGAAGAUACUAUUUCCGUUCGGCAAGCUGAGCCGGCAAUACUGCAUCCAGGACUGGUGGCCACAUUUUAAAGGGAGGUUGAAAAGCGCCCAGAAGAGCCAUUAAAAAUGAUUUGAGGCGUGAUGAGAGACUGAAUGAGCACAAUCUAUUUAGUUUGUCAAAAAGAAUGAGAGGGGACAAUCAGGGCAUAUAAACACCUUCACAGAGAAGAGAGGAGCUACUAAGGGCUCUUUUAAUCUAGCAGAGAAAGCUGUAACAAUCCCAGUGCCCCGCCGCAGCCUG